AUCACGUCAGAGACUCGGAGGGAAAAUAAAAAAGGCCGUGCGACGCUGGAAAAGUUUACAACUAAACUCCAACAUGCAGAGAGCUUCCCGUUUGAAGCGUGAGCUCCAGAUGCUGAGCACCGAGCCUCCUCCCGGGAUAACGUGCUGGCAGACCGAGGAGCGGAUAGAUGACCUCCGAGCUCAGAUCGUGGGAGGAUCAGGAACUCCUUAUGAAGGCGGACUCUUCUCUUUGGAGGUCAAGAUUCCUGAGAGGUACCCAUUUGAGCCUCCCAAAAUCCGAUUCUUGACCCCAAUCUACCAUCCAAACAUCGACAAUUCAGGACGGAUCUGCCACGAUGCUCUGAAGCUCCCGCCAAAGGGAGCCUGGAAACCGUCUCUGAACAUCUCCACUGUGCUCACUUCCAUCCAGCUGCUCAUGUCUGAGCCCAACCCAGACGACCCUCUCAUGGCUGACAUAUCAUCAGAAUUCAAAUACAACAAACAUCUGUUCACGGAGAAGGCCCGGAAGUGGACUCAAGAGCAUGCUGUUCAGAAGAACCUAGGAGUUGUGGAGAGCAACAAAGAAAAUACUUCUGAUCAGACAGGACUGUCCCGAAAAAGAGAGUCCGUCGAUGCUCAGCAGGAAGAAGAGCCUCCGAAGAGAACCUGUCUGUAGUUUCUUUCUCAUACUGUGAAUGGAGGCACCGCUCCUUUUUUCACUUGUUGGUCAACUUAAAUCUUUUAAGUUGCGCUUCUGUUAUCACCCAAUUUGUUUCUGGGCUCAUGAAUGCAAUGUGUGUAUAUGUGUAUGUGCCUUACUUGUUCUAUUUUAUUAAAUGUGCUGAUGUAU